GGGUUGACCUGUUUUUGUUAACUAUUUUCGAUGUGACGUUUGUGGGAUAUUGUCAAGAAUGUACUGUCAUAAAUUAAAAACUAAUGGUUUUUAAAACGUUUAUUUAUUGAAAUUCUAUGAUCCAAAAAAUAUAUUAUUAUUUUACAAUUUUACCUUAAUUAUUGUUAGUAGUGCAACACGUUAUGGCAGAUGCAAGUUCCAAGGCUAAAAAGGAUGACCCUGAUGAAGAAUACGAUCCAUACUUGCAUAGAAAUCUUCCCAAUCCGAACAAGAGCAUCGAAACCCUAGGUCAUCUAGUCAAAGGUAUUAUUGGCACUGGCAUAUUGGCGUUACCCGAAGGAUUUAAAUUGGCUGGAAUGUUAGUUGGAAUAAUUUCUACCAUUCUUAUAGGUUUAUUGUCCACAUAUUGCCUACGAAUUUUGGUACAAUCCCAAUACGAAUUAUGUAAAAAGAAGAGAGUAGGGCUCUUAACAUAUCCAGAAUCUAUGCAGUAUGCUUGCGAAGUGGGUCCCAAAUGUUUUCGCAGAUUUUCCCCCUACGCAGGUGGACUCACAAAUUUCUUCCUAGUUACGUUUCAAAUUGGAACCUGUUGUGUCUAUGUGGUCUUCGUAGCAGUGAACAUUAAAUUUGUAGGUGACGAAUACACCGACCCAAAAAUUGCGUUAACUUAUUACAUAUUAAUGUUCUUCGUCCCGUUUUUGUGUAUAAUAAUGGUGAGGAACUUAAAAAUUUUUGCACCCUUCUCUAUUGCUGCAAAUAUAAUAACAUUAUUGACAAUUGGCGUUUGUGGCUACUAUAUAUUUCAAGAUUUGCCACCGUUUUCAGACCGUCCAUAUGCUGGGAAGUUCUCAAAUUAUUUCCUGUACUUUGGAACGAGUCUUUUUUCACUACAGUCCAUUACAGUGGUUACAUCUGCAGAAAAUAAUAUGGAAAAUCCACGUCAAUUUCUAACACCUUUUGGUGUAUUAAAUGUUGGAAUGGCUAUUGUGGUAGUUAUAUAUAGUUUUUUUGCUGCAGCGGGAUAUUGGAAGUAUGGCGACGAAAUCAAGUCCAGUAUAACUUUAAAUUUUCCUUCAUCUGAUGCAAUUGCUCAAACUAUCAGAUGUUUAUACUCCGCUGCUAUUUUUAUAUCGUAUGGUCUGCAAGGAAUACCUGCUGUAUAUAUUAUAUAUCAUGACUACGUUCUUCCACGAAUAGGGGAAGAUGCUUCAAACAAGAAAAAGUUGACAUGGGAUAUUGGUUUACGCAUAGGCCUAGUAGUAACAUCAAUUGUUUUGGCUACGACAGUACCACUUCUAGGACAUAUCAUUUCAUUAGUUGGUGUAUUUUGUCUAUCGGCACUUGGAAUAACUUUUCCCGCAAUCAUUGAGCUAUCAGCAUACUGGCCUGAUAGACUAGGGCCUGGAAAAUUUUGUCUAUGGAAAGACAUUGUUAUAGUUCUCAUCGGUUUAUUCGGCCUUAUAGUUGGGACAUAUAGUUGUGUGUAUAACAUUGUUCAAGAACUGAUUGAUUUGUACCAAAAGAAAUAGCAUUACUAGAAGAGAUAUUUAUCCAACUCUAUAGGUAAUCUAAUAUUGCCCUUUUGUAAAACUUGUAUCUUUAUAAAUUAAUAUACCUAUUUUUAUAUCUA